GUCCAAACUCCGACUCUCCGGUUCAAACAUUGCUUAUAUUAAUGGCAUACUAGUCCCUCCCUUAUUUUCCUUGUUCAUGUUUUUCUCUUAUCUUCUCUUAUUUUCUCUCUCUUCGAGCAUCACAUCAUCUUCGCCCGUAGUUGCAAGAACCGUCUCUACGUCCACCGUCUCAGUCGAUACAGAACCGAAUCGCCGAUAUUCCGGUUAAUGGACGCCAAAUCUAGCUGUGAUUGCUGAUAUAUGUUGAAAUUUUGGGGUUUGAAUUGGUUGGAAUUCGAACACGGGAAAUAAAGGUGUAGGCUAGAGGAUAAUGUGUAUACUGUGUGUGAUUCAGAAGUGGUCUCGAAGGGUUGCUACCAUGCUUCCAUGGUUAGUAAUUCCACUGAUUGGAUUAUGGGCUUUGUCUCAGCUAUUGCCGCCGGCAUUUCGGUUUGAAAUCACAUCGCCAAGGCUGGCUUGCGUUUUUGUGUUGUUGGUUACGUUGUUUUGGUAUGAAAUUUUGAUGCCGCAAUUGUCGGCUUGGCGGGUUAGAAGGAAUGCUCGAUUGAGGGAGAGGAAGAGGUUUGAGGCGAUUGAAAUGCAGAAGUUGAGGAAAACAGCAACACGGAGGUGCCGGAAUUGUUUGACUCCGUAUCGGGAUCAGAAUCCUGGCGGGGGGAAGUUUAUGUGUUCAUAUUGUGGCCAUAUUUCAAAGAGGCCAGUUUUGGACUUGCCUGUGCCGUCAGGAUUGGGGUUUUCCAAUUCUGGGAUUUUUAAGGGUUUGGUGGGGAAAGGUGGGAAGUUAUUGAAUGGGAAGGCUUGGUCUGAUAAUGGUUGGAAUUGUGGGCAAGAUUGGUUAGAGAAUGGGAAUUGGGUUGGCGGGUCUUUUGCUGGGAAGUCUAGUUAUUGGCAGAAGAAUGGGGGCGGAUUUUUUAGUGGGGACGAUCAUUGUUUAACUGAGAAAUCAUAUUCUCGCAUUGUUAUGUUUGCUUGCAAGGUGUUGAUGGCUUUUUUUCAGGGUAUUAUCUGGGUUUGGAGAAAGAUUUUUAGAGUUAGAUCUUCGAGAGUUGAUAGUUUGACUGAUGCCGAGCGCAGAGAUUUGUUGGAUAAGAGAGGUGAGAAUGAGGCAAAUUAUCAUGAGAGUAGAGGAGAGAAAGCUCGCAGAAAAGCUGAAGAGAAGAGACAGGCUAGGUUAGAGAAAGAGAUACUAGAGGAAGAGGAGAGAAAGCAGAGGGAGGAGGUAGCAAAGUUAGUGGAAGAGCGUAGGAGACUGAGGGAUCAGAAGAUGGAGGCAGAGAAAGAGCGAGGAAAAAGGUCUCCAACUGUCAGGGAAAAAGAAAAUAAAAAGGAAGCAGAAAAGAAGCAUCAAGAAAGAAAGAAGGAAAGAGACAGGGGAUCUAGUAAAAGCAAUUCUGAUGCAGAGGAACUGGAAAAGAAACCAAGUAAGGGUAAUGAUCCAAAUAGGAACAGUGAGACAGAUCGACGUGAAUAUCACAGAACCGGGACAGAAAGUUUUAGAUCUCAUGGCACAGACACAGGAAAUGGGUUUAAGGGUACUAACACAAACAAUCAUAACCGUGGCAAUGCUGGAACUAGAUAUCUGGAUCGUAUGAGGGGUACCUUUUUGUCUUCUUCUAGAGCAUUUCCUGGAAGUAGUUUCUUUGGGAAGGGUGCUAAUACUUCGGCUACUGUCUCAAGAGAACACAGAUCUAAUGGCUCGACUGAUCAUGUCCAAAUAUCUGCCAACAAGAGAGAAGUAUCUCAGCUUGAGCGUGUAACUGGGAAAUCAAACACAAAUGGAGAUGAUAAGAACAUCUCCCAUCCUGUGCUCAUUGAACCUCAACCGUGUACAGCCCCCAAAAAAUCAUGGCAUCAAUUAUUUACUCGUUCAUCAACCGUAACUCAACCCCCUAAUGUAAAUGUCAUAAGUAGACCAAAUGGGAAGUCCCAGGCAGAAGUUCAAAGCCCCCCUUUUCCUGGUCGCCCACCAUCAGCACAAACAUACGAUAACCCUAUCAGUUUUGGACUGCCGUCGCCAUUUACUAUAUCUACUUUUCCAUAUGGUUCAACAAGCGUUAGUGCAGGUCUUCCAUUAGCAUCUGAAGCCAUGUUUCCUCGAAUUGGAGAAAUGCCUCGUCAAUUCCUACCAGAAGAGUCAGAAAUUUUUGAAGAUCCGUGUUAUGUUCCAGACCCAAAAUCCUUACUUGGGCCUGUUUCGGAGUCACUUGAGAAUUUCCAGCUAGACCUUGGCUUCAUAACUGACACGAGGUUGGAAAAGCCUCAUACCUUAAAGAAUAUACAUGCACCUUCUGAAGUCAGCAGGCCAUCACCAAUUGAGUCUCCAAUGUCACGAUUGCGAGGUUCUGAGGAACGACAUGCUAGUUCUUUUCUUUUUCCAAGUUCUCCGAAUCCUCAAGACAUGCACAAUUUGUCGAUGGAUGAUUCACGUAAUGCAAACGAGAAGGGAAUGUGGCAGAUGUGGAAUAGUUCUCCUCUUGUUCAGGAUGGUCUUGGUUUGGUAGGUGGCCCAGCUAGCUGGACUUUACCAGUGGAAAUGAACAAAUUAAAUAAGGAAGAUAUUGUGCAUCCUGCACCCCAGAAAACUAUGGCUUCACUGUUUAAAAAAGAUGAUCACAUGCUUUCUGGCAUGCAUUCUCCUCAGAAGGCUGUUAUUGGCAAUAGGCAGAAUGGUGGGACAUUUAGUACUGUGCCUGGUCCUACUAGUGAUACAUGGUUACCAAGACCUUUAUUUGGGCCGAUGUCUGGUGGCGAUAACCAUCUUUCUAUUAUCUCUCAGGAAGAAACUCCUCAGAGUGAAUUGAUUUAUGGGAGUCCGCAUGGAUCUGCUUUGAACCAUCCAUUUGAGUCGAAUUCUUGGGCCAGGUAG